CGUUGACUUAUUCUUCAAAAUGGCGAAGUGGACCUCAGACAUGCAAAUGAAUUGGUGCAGUUCUACGUUAUUGUUAAAACAACGCACUGUAAGCAUGGCUCAGACAAAAUCCAGAUUGUUGGGGAACAAUUUUAUUUUAUUCUUGAUGAUAUCGUCCAUGAUGCACAUGGCAUUGGCUGACGGAAAGACACUCGUUUUGUUGGACAACCUCAACAUCAGAGACACCCAUUCAAUCUUCUUCCGCAGUCUGGCAGAUCGUGGCUUUGACCUUUCAUUCAAGACUGCAGAUGAUCCUUCUCUUUCCCUGAUCAAAUAUGGCCAAUUUCUCUAUGACCAYCUCAUCAUCUUCUCCCCAUCCGUGGAAGACUUUGGUGGCAACAUCAAUGUUGAGACAAUCACUUCCUUCAUCGAUGGUGGAGGCAAUGUCCUGGUUGCUGCAAGCUCUGAUAUUAGUGACCCUCUGAGAGAGAUAGGCAGUGAAUGUGGGAUUGAGUUUGAUGAGGAGAAGACUGCUGUCAUUGAUCAUCACCAUUACGAUGUGUCAGACCCUGGUGAGCAUACCCUGAUUGUUGCUGAUCCAGACAAUCUUCUGAAGGCUCCCACUAUUGUCGGGAACCCCAGUGACAAACCCAUCCUCUUCAAGGGUGUUGGCAUGGUGGCAGACCCAGAUAACCCCCUGGUCCUGGACAUUCUGACUGGCUCUUCCACCUCCUACUCCUACUUCCCUGACCGACCCAUCUCUCAGUACCCCCAUGCUGUUGGAAAGAACACUCUUUUGAUCGCUGGGCUCCAGGCCAGGAACAACGCCCGAGUGGUAUUCAGUGGCUCACUGCACUUUUUCAGCGACGCCUUCUUCAACGCUGCUGUUCAGAAGGCUACACCUGGCUCCCAGAGGUACGCUCAGACUGGGAACAUGGAAUUGGCUGAGGCUCUGUCCCGUUGGGUGUUCAAGGAAGCCGGUGUACUCCGGGUGGGAGYCGUUACACAUCAUCCUGUGGGGGAGAGCACCCCUCCUGCAGCUUACACCAUCACAGACCUUGUGGAGUACAGCGUUGUAAUUGAGAUGCUGUCCGAGGGCAGCUGGAUUCCCUUUGAUGGGGAAGACAUCCAGUUGGAGUUUGUGAGAAUUGACCCCUUCGUCAGGACCUACCUCAAGAAAAAUGGAGAUAAAUACAGCGUCCAGUUCAAGUUGCCUGACGUGUAUGGAGUGUUCCAGUUCAAGGUGGACUACAACAGGCUAGGCUACACACACCUGUACUCCUCUACUCAGGUGUCGGUGCGUCCUCUGCAGCACACCCAGUAUGAGCGCUUCAUCCCCUCAGCGUUCCCUUACUACGCCAGUGUCUUCUCCAUGAUGGGAGGACUCUUUGUCUUCAGCAUAGUCUUCCUUCACAUGAAAGAAAAGGAAAAGUCAGACUAGGGAGAUGAAACGUUUAGAGAAAAGCUUAUUAAAUUAGGAGGGAGGGGUGAUAGAUUAAGAAUUUGCCUUAUUGGGGUGAAGGUUCUUGGUUGCUUAAAUCAUCUGGCAGAGCCUGCAAGAAGAGUUGGUGAGAAUUGAACAUGUUGCUUCUCUAUUGGUUGUGGGGGAAUUUAAUGAGGGCUUUGCAGGCAAACUAAUUCACCUGUGUCUGAGAUUUUUUGUAAUUCUGAAAAAAUACACUUGUGUAAAAUAAUCACUCAAAUGAUCUGUGCACAUCUCUGAAUUCAGUCAGCAAUUGGAUAUGGUUGCUUCACGAUCUCAAUAGCAGAUGGAACACUUGUUUGGAAAAAUCCCAUGAAUGUAUGUUUUUCCCACCCACUUGUAUGAGGAUAAAAACAUCUUGAUGCGGUACAUGCACUGAAUAUUUUUGUUUUGUCUGAUCAAAUAGUCUUGCCAAUAGAAACACUAACAUGUUUGCAACAAACGUUACACAAAUCCUUAAACUACAAUAAAAUGUUGACAUUCCA